GACCAAAACAUCUCCAGCAUAACUCUCGACGACGGCAAAGUCAUCACCUGCGAUCUAAUCGUAGCCGAAGACGGCUCCGGCUCCCAAAUCCGCCAGGCACUCUUCCCGCAACACCACGGACGAAAAGUGCUCAACAAAACAGUCUGGCAAAUCUCUCUACCAUUGGAUGUUGUCCGGAAAGACGACUCACUGCGCGGCCUGCUGGACGAACAUCACAACGUCAUCAUCCUCGCUCCCGGACGAAGUAUCAUCGCAUCCCCUUCGCCAUCGCAGAAUAUCCACGACUUGCAAUUGAUCGACCACGAACAUACGCUAGAGCAAGACUCUAACCCGACAGCACUGAACGAGCGAGUCUUCGACCUGGAAGGGGUCAAGAGUAGGUUCAGCGACUUCGAUGCGGCGACCCGGAAAGUCAUCGAGUCGGUAGAGAGCGCCUUCAAAUGGAGACUAGUCGAAGUCUUCGAUUUACCCUCCUGGUCGAGCGACGACGGCAAAGUGGUGAUCCUAGGCGACGCUGCCCACGCAAUGACUCCCUACUCCGGUCAAGGAACAGCAAUGGGCAUCGAAGACGCAGCCGCGCUAUCCGAACUUCUAGCCAACGCAUCAUCCGGCUCCGACCUGCGACUGUUAACAGAAAACUACGAAAACCUCCGUCGUCCCCGA